UAAUCACUCCACAAUGCCAGCCAUGUCAAGAGGUCCUGUCACGGCCUCGAAACUCCGCGCACCCAAGCAUGUCAAAGGCGGCACUGCUUCGAGCCGCAACCACCGCUUCGAGGGUUUUUCGUCUCGCAUUGCGAAGCUCAAGAUUGAACCUGUGCGCCGCGGUCGCAGUACCAUACUCGACGAUGCCGAACUCGAAAACACGUUCUCAUACUUCCACGACGCCCUUGUUGAAUGGCGCGACCUCAACAUUUCUGACACGUUUUCCCGCUUUGCGCGCCAGGCCGCCCCACUGAGCGACAGCCUCCCCCAGGUCAUCCACCAUAGCGAACGAAUCCUAGAUCUGCUCAUGGAAUAUAUUGAAAAGGGGGACAAACACAGUGAGGAGCCGCUUCUCAAUCUGCUAGCUCACCUGGCCCACGAUCUGGGCGCACGCUUCGAAACAUACUUUGAACGCGCUGUACGCACUGUUUCACACCUGGCCGCUACACAUGCAGACGUCGAGGUGAUAGAAUGGAGCUUCACCUGCCUGGCAUGGCUCUUCAAGUACCUCUCGCGCCUGCUGGUUCCCGAUCUGCGCCCGCUAUUCGACCUCAUGGCUCCCCUGCUAGGCAAACAGCACCAAAAAUCUUUCGUCUCCCGCUUUGCUUCUGACUCGCUCAGUUUCCUGGUCCGCAAGGCCGGUGCCGUUCACCACAGAGACAGCGCCCCGUUGAGACUUCUCAUUAAACAUAUUACAGAACAGCUGAAAGAUCUUCAAGGUUCUGGCAAAGACCAUGAGUUCCAGCAGGGUCUCAUGUCUUUGUUUGCCGAGUCCAUCAAGGGGGUUCAGCGUGGCCUGCAUUCCAGUGCUGUGGCCGUCACAAAAGAGCUUCUUGUUGCAACUUAUGAUGCUGAGUAUAAACAGUUCCGGACCCCUCCUUUACAACCAAUACUCGAAGGCGUUAUUACAGCCACCAUCCACCACACUGAUGCGGAACACUUCAAGUCGGUGUUAGAGACUAUCUUCACGCAUGUUCAGACAACCGAUUUCGACUCUUCGAGCCUUGCCAUAUCUUCGAGACUGAUAUUUAUUGUUUGUGGCGUCAGGAAAGGUUCACGGGUGGCAGAAUGGAGUCCCAUCUUAGACGCGCUGGAUCUGCUCAUAGACGGAACCGAUUCCUUCCCUUCCCUUGACCUUGAAGCUGCGCAGUCAUACCAGUCAGCUGUUUCCGUUGUGUACCAGUAUUGUCCACUUGAUGCAGCAAUUCCUCACGUCCAAUCGCUGGAGAAACUUUCUCGCGGUCCCUGGGAAAAGCACUUUCUUACGUUCUGCGUGAAUUUUGCAGAUUUGGGCGCCGAGCGAUUCAACACCCUUCUCAUGUCUUAUUUCAAAAGAUACGUAUCCCAAAAAGCGCACGAACAUAUCCAGAGUCUGUAUCUCGUUCUACCUACCAUGUAUCGGAAGGGUUACAUUCCAGCUUCUGCCAUUCAAUGCUCAACUGCAUGGCAGGAGGCUAUGAUUAAUCAAUUCGAACUUUUUGCCAACGCGCAGCAAUCGAGUGACGACCUGGCACAGAUCGCAUACGAAUGCAAUGCGGUAUUAGAUGCCAUGGACAGCUUGGUCCUCGCCCAGGAUAGAAAACACACGAUGGCAAAACACUUACACCGAGCUCUUCAACACUCUCUCGAGAUCACAGAAUUCACCCGAGCACGACCCGUCGACAUUGUAGCAGCUGGAAAAGGACUUUGUUUCUUAGCUGAGAACGGUGAUAUGUCCGAUUCUCUUCUGGAUCUCUGGCCGUUAUUGUGUUCAGCUUCUGCUGUGUAUGGCCACAUCCUGCCGUUUUGGAAAGGCCUUCUUGCCCUGGCGAAGAUGAGAAAAGGCAUCAUGGAUCGACAGGGGCCACAUAUGGAAGUAUUCAAACAAGCAUUGAUGCACUGCCUAGGGUCCCCAUCCCAGGAUUUACGCCUGAUCGCUCUGGAACUACUCAAAUUCUUGACGCCGCAGGAUACACAAUUAGAAACUGCCAUCGCCACGGCAACGAUCAUUGAGCAAACACCGGCAAAUAUGGACACCCAGCGGUCCAUUUCUAUGCGGAUUGGACAGCUUUCUUCGCUCUACCCCGAAAUUGCUUCGAAUGAAUGGAUCGGAGAAGCCAUACCGACAUUUUGCUUUGGUCUUCUUCAUAAAAAACUAGCAUCCGUUUGGAAUGAUACAUGUGCGGCUUUGAAGGCUAUGUGUACAACUAACGAAGGGGAAUCGCACAUAACGCAAAUUGCAUUUCAAUGGAUCGCCCAACCAGAAACCGAAAAUCUCACGGCAAACAAUCCCACAAGCCCGUCUAUUCCGCGGUAUGGGACGGAGUUUCAGUGCACCAAUCUCAUGCGGCUUGAGUAUGUUAUCACGGAAAACCAGAAUAUGUUUGAGUUUCCCAGCGAUCAAAUUCUCACCAGACAUAAUGUUACGCAUGGCAUGAUGCCUUUCAUUACGCCUUUCAGUCGAACACAGGCUCUACGUGUCUUGAAUGAGAUACCUUCGGUGGCGGAGAAGCGAUCGCGGACUUUAGUUCCUGUGCUACUCGAUUGGACGUCAGAACAACGAGUUGAAGGUGACUCUGAAGAUGAGCCGCAGCCGGAAGAGACGAAGCCACACCGUUGGUCACGGAAAGACCAAAAAGCUAUGCUCUCAGUAUUCUCCAAGUUCGUCAAUCCAAAGGUGCUCUUUAAAUCUGCCGAGGUCUACGAAGCACUGCUGGCUCUAUUAGCCAACGGUGAUGUCGAGAUACAAAAAGCAUCUUUAGAAGCUCUUGUCACAUGGAAAGAUCCCGCCGUUACCACAUAUAAAGAAAACCUCUUUUUCCUUCUCGACGAUGCCAGGUUCCGAGACGAGGUUUCCCAUUUUCUCGAUGUCGGCACAGACAACAGCUUAGUGAAAGCUGAGCACCGCGACCGUUUGCUUCCAGUGUUACUUCGUUUGCUGUACGGCAGAGUCAUUAGUGGGAAGCGAGGUUUAGAAACCAAGAGAAAGGCAGUCUUCCAAACUCUUAUCCGCUUUGAAGGAGACGCUAUAAAUCAAUUUUUGGCUAUCGCUCUUGGUAACUUGAAUGGAAUCUCCAUCAUCCGAGGGAAUGGAUUGGACGAAGGCGUACUGCAAGAAGAGCGGAUAAACCCCCGAAGACAGCUUGGUAUGCUGACUAUGCUUGAGGAUAUGCUCAGUACUCUCCAAACGACCUUCCGCCCGUUUAUUGAUCAGAUAAUCGAUCCAAUCCUAUACUGUCUCAUCCGAGCUUCUCGAGAGCUGUCGAAAGAAAGCGUGGCUUCAAAUUCAGAAACCAACGCAUCCUCUUUAACCAGAUUGAUUCGUCAACGUUCUCUUGCCUCCGUCAAUAUUCUAUUCGGAUCCUGCCCUACGUUUUCCUGGGGCGCAUAUCCCGCGGCAAUCGUGACGGAAAUGAUCAAUCCCAGAAUUCAACAGCUUCCGAUCGAAUCGGCACAGUCAGUAUCAGGAAUAUUGAGGUUGUUCGCGGCCUGGUCCAAAUCUUUGCACACAGCAACUUUCCUUGUUGACCAUAAUCCGGAAAUUAUGAGUAAGAUCAUCGAGAUCCUAGGCAUAGUAUCUGCGAAAGACGAGGUGAAACGAUUUGUGCUUGAUGAAAUCAUACGGAGUUUGAUUUCUUUAGCAACAAACACCGACGUGCCUGCUAGCGACAAGAUUUUGAGAAACAAAGUUCACUCGAACAUACUGCAACCCUUCUCAAACUCGAUGCUCGUUGAAAUUGGCGGUCUCCUCCGGAAAAGUCCAAGCAAAGAACUUUUGGAAUCUGGCGUACAUGCUAUUGCGGAGCUUGCGCCUCAUGUGAUAGGCUCGGCAGAAUCGCGCAGUAUGCUUGAGAUCUCUUCGUUUUUGCUGAGACAGCCAACGAACCGAGUUAGUCCUCAAACUAAACUUGGACUUCUGAGAAUCUUACAUGAGUUCGUACCUCGCUGCAAUGACAACGAUCUAGUACAGCUAUUUGGUACUGUGUACGACGCGAUUUGUCCGUUAUUCUCAUAUUUCAAGGACCGAGCUUCCAGAGCAAUUCUCUGCGAUAUCAUACAAGACCUUGCAACAACCAACCAAGAUCUUUCAUCUCUGGCGGACCUGUGCCAUAGCUUGAACGCUUUCUCGGCAUCCCGAUUGGAUGAACCCGACUUCGACCGUCGCGCAGCAGCAUUUGAUGUCGUAACAGGAGAUGCGGCCCAGUCAUACUCACUCGCACAGUGGAAGCCCCUCGUGUUCAACAUGCUUUACUUCAUCAGGGACAAUCAGGAAUUGGGUAUCCGUGUUAACGCCUCUCUAUCGUUGAGACGAUUUAUCCAAGUCUCAAUCAAGGACGAGGAGUAUCGAAACUUUAUAUCUGCUGCCAUUCUUCCUGGCAUACAAAACGGGAUGCGUGAAUCGUCAGAGCUCGUGCGUGUGGAGUUCUUGGCUGUCCUUGCUCAGCUCAUUGACACCUAUCAUGAUUGGAAACCAGUUGCCGACCUCCGACUACUCGUCUCAGGUGAUGAAGAGUCCUCAUUCUUCUCCAACAUCCUUCACAUUCAAGGUCAUCGACGACUGCGAGCUCUUCGUAGACUUGUAAGCCAAGCUACGCUACUUCAAAGUGGAAAUAUCUAUCACAUCCUGCUUCCAUUGCUCGAGCAUUUUGUAUUCAACAAAGCCGAAGGCGAGGGUGCGAACAGCCUUUCCGGAGAAACCAUCAAGACUAUCUCGGCCUUGUCUCAAGGACUGGAAUGGCCCCAAUUUCGAUCUUUGUUCAAGCGAUACUCCGGUUAUCUAACAAGCAAGGAAGAUAUGCAAAAGACCAUGAUAAAAUUACUUGCUGGACUGAUGGAUGGAUUGAGUCGAUCGGGGCUUCGGAAAGGCUAUGCAAUAAAUGGAAGAAGACAAGAUGAUGAGCCCACGACUCAUGAAUCUCAUGAUGUGGACGCAAUGGAGGUGGAUGUUGCGCUGCCUACACCAGCACUUGUCAAAACGCUGCCGCAGCAGGAGAAACUUGCAACCGAUCUUAUUGGCAAUAUUCUUCCUGACAUGACAGAGUUCUUGCGCAAGAAAGAUGACUCGACUGUCAGUCUACGCGUUCCCAUCGCUGUUGCGGUCACGAAGGUUCUUUUGGUCUUACCGCCUGCGGAAAUGGAGCUCCGACUACCUGCUCUACUCCUGGAUAUCGGACAUAUCCUUAAAAGUCGUGCACAGGAUGCUAGAGACUUGGCAAGAAAUACGUUGUCCGAUAUCGCUUGCAUCACCGGACCAGCGUAUUUGGGCUUUAUUAUCAAGGCACUGAGAAUUGCAUUACAGAGAGGCUCUCACUUGCAUGUUCUGUCUUUCACUUUGCACAGCAUUCUCGUCAAAUUGUCAGAACAACUGCAACCGGGUGACUUAGAUUAUUGCCUCCCUGAUAUUGUUGACGUAAUACUGGACGACACUUUCGGACUCACCGGGCAAGAGAAGGAUGCUGAGGACUACACCAGUAAGAUGAAGGAAGUGAAGAGCAGCAAGAGCUUUGACUCUAUGGAUCUGAUCGCACGAUCCGCCACUCCGACCCACUUAGUGGACCUGAUAGCGCCCAUUCGGUCUUUACUACUCGAAAAACUCAACUCCAGAGCAGUACAGAAAAUCGAUGAGCUUCUGCGGCGUAUAGGACUCGGUAUAUUCCAAAAUCCGUCCGUACAGAGUCGCGAUAUGCUGGUGUUUUGUUACGAGCUGAUUCAAGACGUGUAUAAAGCCACACAAAACCCCAAAGAGACACAUCGUGUUGAUCCCAAGAACAAGAGAUACCUAAUCAACAUGAAAGGUGCCUCCAAGUCAGGUGCCAGACUCUCCACUUCAUCCUAUACUUUCAAGAUCAUACGGUUCAGUCUCGACUUACUGCGCACGGUUUUACGUAAGAACGAAGGGCUUCAGACUCCAAAACAUCUGACCGGAUUUCUGCCCAUUGUUGGCGAUGCAUUGGUCGCUGGGCAGGAGGAGGUUCAGGUGUCCGCUAUUCGACUGAUCAGUACCAUUAUCAAAGUACCGAUGCCGGAAUUAGAUGAAAGUUGUCCAGUUUACGUCGACGAAGCUGUCCGAUCUAUCAAAGGAGCACCAUCUUCCAAUACUGAGAUUGCUCAGGCUUCUUUGAAACUGAUCACCUCUGUUCUUCGGGAGCGGCCGAACGUAGAGAUCAAGGAACGUCACUUGGCCGAGCUGCUCAAGCGUAUCCGCCCAGAUUUGGAUGAGCCCGACCGCCAAGGUGUUACAUUCGGCUUCCUCAAGGCAGUGAUGAACCGCAAAAUCGUCAUCGCUGAGGUAUAUGAAGUCAUGGAUACGGUUGCAGCAAUGAUGAUCACCAACCACACUAGAUCUGCGCGGGACGUUGCUCGCAGCAACUACUUCAACUUCCUGAUGGAGUAUCCGCAAGCCAAGAACCGAUUCCGGAAACAGGUGGAAUUCUUGCUCAAGAAUUUACGAUAUGAUCAUGUGGAAGGUAGGCAAUCAGUUAUGGAGGCCUUGAACUUGUUAUUAAACAAGGUUGGGGACGAUGCCCUCCAAGAGGAACUUGGCAUGAUGUUCAUCCCGCUUGUGCACUCGAUGGUCAACGACGACUCAAGUGACUGCCGAACUAUGGCAGGCGCCUUGCUAACAAAGGUGUUCGAGCGUGCGGACCCCAAGCGACUCAAAAGUUUCACGGUCGACCUUCGAAGCUGGUUGGAGCAGGAUGACAAUUUGGGCAUGAAGCGCCUGGGCAUUCAGUGUUGGGACUACCAUGAAAACUUCACUCGAUCGACGCGACGAGGAUGAUU